GGCCACCCGGGAUAGGCGCCAAGAGUCCCCUCGUGCCUGAGUUGUAUUUAGCCAUCGCGUUACCCCAGACCUGACCCUCUGGACCUGGAUGUGUUCGGUCCGUUUGGCAGCUGUCCACAAUCACUCAUCUCUCGGCUUAACAUCGAAUUACUGUGCUUCUAGUAGCUGCUUCUGGCAAGACCCCACUCACUUUAAUCGCGAUCAUGAAAUUCACGUCAAUUCUUCUCGUUCUUGCUAGCGCUGGCGCUGUAGUAGCCUCGCUUCCCAACGCUGGCGCUGCUCUCGUUGAACGCGACGAAGUCGUCGGGAAGAAGGGGCUCGAGGCAACCAAGACAAACCCUCGGGUGAAGAGAGCCGACGGAACCUUCAACCUGGUGCCACGGCAGACUCAAACCAAGGAGGCCAGGAUGAUCUCGGACGAGGAAGCAGACAGUCUGAAAGAGAAACGCGGGGAAGAGGCAGUCCAAGAGAAGCGGGACGAUUUGACGCCAACAAAAACGAAUCCUCGGGUGAAGAGGGCUGACGGCACUUUCAACCUUGCUCCAAGGCAGUCCAUUACGAGGAGAGCCGAGGCAUAGGGGUGAGGCUGGGUCGUUCGGUGGGAGUUCUACUCAUGUAGGCAGUCUAAGACAGGCGUAAUACCAGCACCGAAAAAAGCAUGGGCAAGGAGGAAUCAAUCUCUCCCGCGUUCGUAGUUUUUUGCAU